AUGAAGUUGAACCCGAGCACAUGCACAUUUGGAGUCUUGUCCGGCCGAUUCCUUGGAUACUUAGUCACCCAAAGAGGAAUUGAGACACAUCCAAAUCAAAUCAAGGCUAUACUCAACAUGAAGUCACUUGCCACAACAAAGGAGAUACAAAGUCUAACGGGUAGGGCGACAGCUCUCAACCAAUUCCUUUCAAGAUCUACCGACAAGUGCAAGCCAUUUUUCAAAGCCUUGAAGAAGGGACACAAAGACAAGUGGGAUGACGAGUGUGAAGUAGCUUUUCAGAACUUGAAAACUUACCUCACUUCCCCUCCAUUACUCUCAGCUGUUAGCUCAGCUCUCAUAUGA